AUGCUGCACAGGUGGUGGGCGGGGCCUCUUCAUGGAGCUCCAGCCUCUGCCCACCCCAGCCCUGCCCCUUGCCAACCACGCCCUGUCCCGCCUUCCCUGGCCCCGCCCAGGCUGAGUGGCCAGCAGCACAGUGUCAUCACCGGUGUGGCCAUCUUGAGGCCACUGUGGCAGAGGCAGCUUCAGGAGCCGAGUUCCACAUGCCCAGAGGCCCCAGAGGCGGAAGGGGACGCAGAAGCAGAAGUGGAAUUGUCACUGUUCCACGAAGAGACCCAUGUGACAUUCUCGCGGCUAUCAGAGCCACUGCUCUGCCAAUACGUGGAGAGCAGGGAGCCUCUGGACAAGGCUGGCGCCUAUGGGCUUCAGGCGCGAGGCGGUGCCCUAGCAGAGCGCGUGGAAGGGGAUUUCUUCAAUACCGUGGGGUUUCCACUCAACCGCUGCAUGCGUGAGCUGGCUGCCAUCUUCCCGGAUGUGGGACCACAUGUCCCUGUCAGCCAGCAUCCGGCCACACCCCAAUAAUGAGGAUUGUAGAUGGAGAAUGAGUAUGUGAGUGACUGUCCGGGCGGGUAUUCUGGUGAGAGAGUUACUGAAGGGGCGGGACUUCUGGUGAGUUUGUGAAGCAGUGACCCAUUUCCCAUGAUGCCCUUGGUGCAUUGUGUUUGAUUGACAGAGCAAGCUUCCCUCAGGUGCAUCACUUCCCAGUGCUAGGACACAGGACAUGGGGUGAGGUGUGUGGAGGCAGGGUUAGGGGACAGGCCCACCUAGGGGAGUACACCUAAACCCGCCCCUGUGGCCCUGCCCCUCCUGAUGCCCCGCCCUCACCAUCUCAUGGGCCCUGCCCUUGCCCCCACUGGGUCCUGCAUGAGCAGCUUCACCAUCAGAUGCCUGUGAUGGACAUUUGACAUCAGGAGCAGGGUCAGGGGAGGCCCCACCCCCUGCCCGCACUCUGAUUUGCAUAUUCAAGAGCUGCCUGGAGACUCAGAAGACAUCAAGUACAGAAACUGCUGGGGUUAAUUUGCAUGGCCACACC